CCGGGCCCGACGCCCCUCCGGGGGCGCCUCCCCCCGCGGGGCCGCCGCCCCUUGCCCCGCUCCUCCUCCUCCUCCUCCACCGCGGGGGGCCGACCGGCGCUCCCAGCCCGGCUGCGGCGGAGGUAAUCCAUGCUGAAGAGGCUCCAUUCAUACAGAUGAACCAAGGGUUGAGGCAGCACUUUAAACCCAGAUAGUCGGUCGGCUAACUGCCCAGCAGGAUGCCAUCAACCAGCCGAGCGGGCAGCCUGAAGGACCCAGAAAUUGCAGAGCUCUUCUUUAAAGAAGAUCCAGAAAAGCUCUUCACAGAUCUCCGAGAGAUUGGCCAUGGAAGCUUCGGAGCAGUUUAUUUUGCACGUGAUGUGCGCACCAAUGAAGUGGUGGCCAUCAAGAAAAUGUCAUAUAGUGGGAAGCAGUCCAAUGAGAAAUGGCAAGAUAUUAUUAAGGAAGUCAAGUUCCUCCAAAAAAUAAAACACCCUAACAGUAUAGAAUACAAAGGCUGCUAUUUGCGGGAGCAUACAGCAUGGCUUGUUAUGGAAUAUUGUUUAGGAUCAGCAUCAGACUUACUAGAAGUUCAUAAAAAGCCAUUGCAAGAAGUGGAAAUAGCAGCAAUUACCCAUGGUGCUCUCCAGGGAUUAGCAUACUUGCAUUCUCACAAUAUGAUCCAUAGAGAUAUCAAGGCAGGAAACAUCCUGCUGACAGAGCCAGGACAGGUGAAACUUGCUGACUUUGGGUCUGCUUCCAUAGCAUCUCCUGCCAACUCAUUUGUGGGGACGCCAUAUUGGAUGGCCCCAGAAGUGAUUUUAGCCAUGGAUGAAGGGCAGUAUGAUGGCAAAGUAGAUGUCUGGUCUCUUGGAAUUACCUGUAUUGAGUUAGCGGAAAGGAAGCCUCCUUUGUUUAAUAUGAACGCAAUGAGUGCCUUAUAUCACAUAGCGCAGAAUGAAUCCCCUACACUACAGUCUAAUGAAUGGUCUGAUUAUUUUCGAAACUUCGUAGAUUCUUGCCUCCAGAAAAUUCCUCAAGACAGGCCUACAUCAGAGGAGCUUCUGAAGCAUAUGUUUGUUCUUCGGGAGCGGCCCGAAACAGUGUUAAUAGACUUGAUUCAGAGAACAAAGGAUGCGGUGAGAGAACUGGACAACCUGCAGUAUCGUAAAAUGAAGAAGCUCCUUUUCCAGGAGGCACACAAUGGCCCUGCAGUUGAAACACAGGAGGAGGAGGAGGAACAAGAUCACGGUGUCGGCAGGACAGGAACAGUGAAUAGUGUCGGAAGUAAUCAGUCCAUUCCUAGCAUGUCUAUCAGUGCCAGUAGCCAAAGCAGUAGUGUUAACAGUCUUCCAGAUGCCUCGGAUGAUAAGAGCGAGCUGGAUAUGAUGGAGGGGGACCACACCGUGAUGUCAAAUAGCUCUGUCAUUCAUUUAAAGCCGGAGGAGGAAAACUACAGAGAGGAAUCAGAUCCUCGAACAAGGGCAUCAGAACCCCAGUCUCCUCCCCAAGUAUCUCGCCACAAGUCUCAUUAUCGCAACCGAGAGCACUUUGCUACUAUACGCACAGCAUCGCUGGUGACAAGGCAAAUGCAGGAACAUGAACAAGACUCGGAACUCCGGGAGCAGAUGUCUGGCUACAAACGUAUGAGACGGCAACACCAGAAGCAACUGAUGGCAUUAGAGAAUAAACUGAAGGCAGAGAUGGAUGAACAUCGCCUCAGGUUGGACAAAGAUCUUGAAACACAGCGUAACAAUUUUGCUGCAGAAAUGGAAAAGCUCAUUAAAAAGCACCAAGCAGCCAUGGAGAAAGAGGCUAAAGUGAUGGCCAAUGAAGAAAAGAAGUUUCAACAGCACAUUCAGGCCCAACAGAAAAAAGAAUUGAACAGUUUCCUGGAGUCCCAGAAGAGAGAAUAUAAACUCCGUAAAGAGCAGCUGAAAGAGGAGCUGAAUGAAAACCAGAGCACUCCAAAGAAGGAGAAGCAGGAGUGGCUCUCCAAGCAGAAGGAGAACAUCCAGCAUUUCCAGGCAGAGGAAGAAGCCAACUUACUGAGGCGUCAGAGGCAGUACUUGGAGCUGGAGUGUCGCCGCUUUAAGAGACGGAUGCUUCUUGGCCGCCAUAAUCUGGAGCAGGACCUGGUUCGGGAGGAGUUAAACAAAAGGCAGACACAGAAGGACCUGGAGCAUGCCAUGCUGCUGCGUCAGCACGAGUCCAUGCAGGAGCUGGAGUUCCGCCAUCUCAGUACCAUCCAGAAGAUGCGCUGUGAGCUGAUCCGGCUCCAGCACCAGACCGAGCUCACCAACCAGCUGGAAUACAACAAGCGCCGGGAGCGGGAGCUGAGGCGUAAGCACGUCAUGGAGGUCCGGCAGCAGCCCAAGAGCCUGAAGUCAAAAGAACUACAGAUAAAGAAGCAGUUUCAGGAUACAUGCAAGAUCCAAACCAGGCAGUACAAAGCACUGAGAAACCAUCUGCUGGAGACCACGCCAAAGAGUGAACAUAAAGCUGUCCUCAAACGGCUCAAGGAGGAGCAGACCCGGAAGCUGGCUAUCCUGGCUGAGCAGUAUGAUCACAGCAUUAAUGAAAUGCUCUCUACACAAGCUCUGCGUUUGGAUGAAGCACAGGAAGCAGAGUGCCAGGUUUUGAAGAUGCAGCUGCAGCAAGAAUUGGAGCUGCUGAAUGCGUAUCAGAGUAAAAUCAAGAUGCAGGCAGAGGCCCAGCAUGAUCGGGAGCUGCGUGAUCUUGAGCAGAGGGUAUCCCUCCGCCGGGCCCUCCUUGAGCAGAAGAUUGAGGAGGAGAUGCUGGCCUUGCAGAACGAGCGUACCGAGCGGAUACGAAGCCUGCUGGAACGUCAAGCUCGCGAGAUCGAAGCCUUUGACUCAGAGAGCAUGAGGCUAGGUUUUAGUAACAUGGUUCUUUCUAAUCUCUCCCCCGAGGCGUUCAGCCACAGCUACCCGGGAGCUUCUGGCUGGUCCCACAAUCCUACUGGGGGUGCAGGACCUCACUGGGGUCAUCCCAUGGGUGGCCCACCACAAGCUUGGGGCCAUCCAAUGCAAGGUGGACCCCAGCCAUGGGGUCACCCCUCGGGGCCCAUGCAGGGGGUACCUCGAAGUAGUGCUAUAGGGGUCCGCAACAGCCCCCAGGCUCUGAGGCGGACAGCUUCUGGGGGACGGACGGAACAGGGCAUGAGCAGGAGCACAAGUGUUACUUCACAAAUAUCCAAUGGUUCACACAUGUCUUAUACAUAACUUAAACAAUAACUGAGGGUGGCAAUUCCACUGGAGCUGUCUGCCAACAGAAACUGCCUACAGACACCAGCCCAGCAGCCUCCUCAGUGCGGUGCUGACGUGUGGAAGCUGGGUGCACAUGGAAUAUUGUAUUCAUUUUGUAAAGCAUUACGUUUUGUGUUUACUAACUGGGAUGUCAUAGUAUUUGGCUGCAAGGUUUUGGGGGGGUGGAUUUUUGUUUUUUGUUGUUGUUUUGUUACUUUUUGGAGGGGUCUUGGGAGGGCGUCUGAGAAAUAAAUGCAAUUAGUCAGAAGAGUUGGCUGGUGGUUGUCACACUGACAGGAAGGACAGAAGGGCCUCGGACUGCCCUUGUCAUGCCAUCCAUAGGAAGUCUGAGGGAGAAUGGAGACCUCCUCCCAUGUCCCUAAAUUUCGAACUGCCACCCUGCAAAAACCAGGCGAGCUGCCUUUAAACCAACAUCCAGGGGAGGAACAGCUGGAUCUUCUGUUCCCUUUUCAUUUGUCACUAAAUUGGGUAAAUUGCUAGGGUAUUGCCUCUGCCAAGAGGCAUUUCCAAAUUGGUAGGUGAGGAAGAAGGGUGAGAAGAGAGGCCAAGAGACACCAGGGCUCAGCAGGGCCCUUCUACCCAAGUGCCCGCUCCGUGUCGUGUAGGAUGUGUUGUUCUCUCAGAAGGCCCUGGUCAGCUUCCCCAGAGCUAUGUAGGUAAAUUGGCCUGGAGGGAAGAGGCUUAGAAGUGUUUGAAAUGGAAUCCCUGCUUUGGCACUCCCUGACUGUGCUGCUGGUAGCUCAGAUGAGGUUGGGCAGAGGAGCAUAAGUAAUGCACUUGUACAGCUAAUACUGUGACAUCUCAUUUUAGCUAAGCAUCAGAGUAAUUCUUGGAGCCCAGCGUAGUCCUUUUUGCUCCAUUCAGAAAUGUUUAGACUUUCAGCCAAUCAAUCUCAAAUGCCAGAGGUAUUUUGAAGGAUGCCAUAGUCACAAAAUGCCAUCGAUCGGGUUUUUCAUUAUUAUACUACAUCCACCAAUUUAUUACCUUUUUGGCUUGUUGCAGUUUCCUGUUUACAUGUAGAGUGUAGCCAACUGUUUAAAUGUUUAGUUGCCACGGUGUACCAGGAGGAGCUGAGCCAAUGACUCUUUCCCAGCUGAUGACUAACCCACAUCACCACUGUAGAUCUUGCUGCAUGUGAGGCUCCUUUUUAUUAUUUCCAUUGCUGCAAUACUUCACAACUCUUACAGUCCCUUGAGAUGCUGUGAUAUUUUGGCAGCAUACCAUGCGAGAAGGCACUACUUCCAGAGGCUCGUCAGAGCUGCUGUACUACUGAAAGGAAGCAAAGGAGGUUGUGAGAUCCAUACGGCGAUAAAGGGGUCAGGGAGUCUUGUUAACCAAGUGACUUGGUGGCAUCGUGUCAUCCCUUAGUGCUUGGGAGCUGGAGAUGCCCCUGUGCUCUCGUUGCCAGUGCAAGCUCUGGUCAGCCAGCACUGUGGGGUGAGGGGAAAGAGCAGGUAGAUGAAGUUUGGCUUGAAGCAAAGGUUUCCGUCUUGGGGGGCUGACCAGCCAGGGCUCUUUGUAAAUGUUUUUCCUUGCACACUAAUCAUCUUGAAGAAAACACUAGCUGCUAACUCUAGGAUUUGCCUUUAAUAUGUUUAUAGGGCUCAAAAGCGAGGUUUUCCGAAUGUGUUUGUCCAUGUGACAUAUUUAUAUAGUAACUACUCUAGUGUCUCGCUGCUGUUCAGUACUCGACAGGGCGACGUUCUUUCGUUAGCUAAAUUAACAUCCACUCCCAAUCCUUAACUCUCUGCCAGUGUCCAGUGAAUCCAACUGGGAUUUCUAGCAUCUUGACGUAGCAUAUCACUUGAAUCAAAGAUGGAAACUCCACCAAAACAUGUUUGAGCAGCCCCUUAGUAAGGAGCUUUGUAGUACUAACAGUUGUUGGAAGCCUGGGAUGAGGCGGUAGUCCCAUGGAGGUGACUGUGGUUGCUCUCCUGGGGCAAGUGGUGACUGUGAAUUGUCCUGUCCCUCUGCUAUGUUUUUAUGUGGAAUUGGAUGUUUUGGGGUCAUUCUUUUGCAUUGCAGUGUUGUUGAAAUGCAGCAAAACUGAUUUAGGAAAGGUAUCUGUGUUUUCCUGGGGUUCGAAAGACAGGCAAACAUGAAAUGAAAGGCCAGAAUUGCAUUGGGGCUUAACCAUGGGAGUGUAGAGGGUGUGCCCAGAGCAUGGUGCUAACACAGUGUUUGGAAGUUCAGCUCCUCUGUCACAAACAGCAGCAGCAGCGGCAGUGGGGACAGGCUAUACCUGCAAGUUCAGUGGGUUCAUUCUUUUGCUUCUGUUAUGGUUUGAAUUUGGUCAAAGUCUCUGGCUUAAAUUGAGCUACUUCAACAGAAUUCUCUCAACCCAUCUCUUUGUGUAAUGUUGAGCAUGACUGAAUGCUGAAUCCAAAUGAUGGCUAUCCCAUAUUGGCUUUUUUUGUAUUCAAAAAGAAUUGUGUAGUAACCAUUUUUACAUGUAUAUCAUGUGCAGACCUGGACUAUUCCAACAAGUUAAUACUUUAAUUAAAAUAGUUUGCAAAAACUGA